GGCGCCGGCUCCGGUCGCGCGAAGAUGUGGAAGGCAAGAGCUGAAUGCGCUAAUUGUUCUGUUGUUGGCUGCAAGAACCAACACAAGAGUCUUUAUGGCCUCCCGUCAUCCGAGGACCGGAAGAGCCGAUGGAUUCACUUUAUUUUUGAUGGAAAUGUCCCCACGAUGUUUGGAGAAGUGUUGUAUGUGUGCGCGAACCAUUUCACUGCGGACUGUUUUGUGGACCAGGGCCAGUGCAACGCAGAAUUCACGUCAGAACUCGAGCUUAAGGAUGGAUCGGCACCGACUGUCCGUGACCCGACGUCCGACCCAGAAGCUGCCAGUACAUCACUACAGUUACCUGCGACAAGGGAUGUUGGCUGCCAGACCGACCCACCACAGAGACACACCGUUGGCACCCAACUGUCUUUGAGGACUCUUCAGCCUCACAUUAAAAGUGAAGACCACCUGCUGCUCUUAGUUUUUGAAGAGAAGGUGCCAUCUGAGCAGCAGGAGUGGAGCCCAAGUCUGGACCAGGAGAGGCCAGCGCCCCCACACAUUAAAGAGGAAGAGGAGGAACUCUGGAGCAGUCAAGAAGGAGAGCAGUUUCAAGGAUUGAAUGAGGAGGCUGAUGUCACCAAGUUGCCAUUCACUCCUGUGCCUGUGAAGAUUGAAAAUGAUGAAGAGAAAGGUCAGUCCUCACAGCAUCAUCAAAGCCAAACUGAAGAAGCCAGCACCUCAAAUGACCAGAUGAAACCAGAGCCUGAUGGAGAGGACUGUGGACUAUCACAUCUAGCCAGUAACCUAGAUCGAGAUGGUGAUUUAGUAAAAACUAAUGAUGGUCAUCCCCUUUCUUCGGACUGUUGUGAAAGUGAGACUGAAGACAGUGAUGAUGGUUGGAACAAGACUAAAGAAACUCAAUCAGACCACCUGCUGCUCUUAGUUUCUGAAGAGAAGGUUCCAUCUGAGCAGCAGGAGUGGAGCCCAAGUCUGGACCAGGAGAGGCCAGCGCCCCCACACAUUAAAGAGGAAGAGGAGGAACUCUGGAGCAGUCAAGAGGGAGAGCAGUUUCAAGGAUUGAAUGAGGAGGCUGAUGUCACCAAGUUGCCAUUCACUCCUGUGCCUGUGAAGAUUGAAAAUGAUGAAGAGAAAGGUCAGUCCUCACAGCAUCAUCAAAGCCAAACUGAAGAAGCCAGCACCUCAAAUGACCAGAUGAAACCAGAGCCUGAUGGAGAGGACUGUGGACUAUCACAUCUAGCCAGUAACCUAGAUCGAGAUGGUGAUUUAGUAAAAACUAAUGAUGGUCAUCCCCUCUCUUCGGACUGUUGUGAAAGUGAGACUGAAGACAGUGAUGAUGGUUGGAACAAGACUAAAGAAACUCAGUCAGGUUUGGACACAACAAACAAUGAAAUCAGUAAUAUGAGAUCUGCUGAGCAUAAACCCUUCAGUUGCUCAGUCUGUGGCAAAGGGUUUUCUGAAAGAGGAAAUAUGCAGAGACAUAUGAUAAUACAUACAGGACAGAAACCUUUCAGUUGCUCAGUCUGUGGUAAAGGGUUUACUAGAAGAGGUGAUAUGCAGAGACACAUGAGAAUACAUACCGGUGAGAAACCUUUCAGUUGCUCAGUCUGCGGUAAGAUGUUUUCUGAAAAACAAACUAUGCAAAGACACAUGAGAAUACAUACAGGAGAGAAAGCCUUCAGUUGCUCAGUCUGUGGAAAAGGGUUUUAUCAACGAGGACACAUGGAGUAUCACAUGAGAAUACAUACAGGAGAGAAACCAUUUAGUUGCUCAGUGUGUGGUAAAGGGUUUUAUCAGCGAGGACAUAUGCAGAAACACAUGAGAAUACAUACAGGAGAGAAACCAUUUAGUUGCUCAGUGUGUGGUAAAGGGUUUUCUCAGAGUGGACAUAUGCAGAUACACAUGAGAAUACAUACAGGAGAGAAACCGUUUAGCUGUUCAGUCUGUGGUAAGGGCUUAUCUCGAAAAGGGCAUGUGCAGAUACACAUGAGAAUACAUACAGGAGAGAAACCAUUUAGUUGUUCUGUUUGCGCUAAAGAGUUUUCCGUAAGAGGACAUAUGCAGACACAUAUGAGAAUACAUACAGGAGAGAAACCAUUUAGUUGCUCAGUCUGUGGUAAAGGUUUCAGCCAAAAGAGCAAUCAGAGGAAACACAUGGCAUAUCACAGAGAACACAAUGAAACGGAUUAGUUGAUCUUGUGAAAACAAGCGUUGUUCAACUGCCAUGUAAACAGGACUUACCUAAUGAAUCAAGUAAAGAGCUCAAGUGUUGGAUAUUGCACUUUUUAGUCAAGUCAUUUUUAUUUGUAUAGCCCAAUAUCACAAAUUACAAAUUUGUCUCAGUGGGCUUUACAGCAACACAACAUCCUGUCCUUAGACCUUCACAUCGGAUAGGGAACAACUCCCAAAAAAACAAAACCUUUAACAGGGAGAGAAAAAAUUAGAAGAAACCUCAUGGAGCGCAACACAGGAGAAA